AGCGCCCGCAUCCCCCCCCCCCCCGUGUAUCCCCUCUCCUCCUCAUCUCCCUCCACCACUCCUCUUCCCUGUGCUCGCGAUUCUGCGUGGAGCCGCGCUACACUACCGCCACGCACGUUCCGCGCUCCGGACCCAUUCGCUUUGAGUUCCCGACACAUCAUCAUCAUCAUCAGGGGCUCCGCGGACCCCCGCGGAAGGGACGUGACGUGACGAUCCCUGUCAGGGGAGAGUUCUAAGUUGGGGUUCGGGAGGAGUGGGGGGGUUCCGUGCUCCCCCUAACUCCCCGGCGUUGCCCCGUGAAGCCAGGCUGGGGGUACCGGGGGGUCCGGCGCCACUGGGGUUCGCGCGGGGCCCUGGGCCCCCUACUCGCCCGGGGAGAGCGGGGCCCGAGGCCAUGGAGGGGGCCCCACCGACCCCUGCUACCCCGGCGACCCCCUCGGCCCCGCUGGGGCUCAGAGCGAUCUACCAGGAGUGCCGGCGGGCCUACCCCGACCAACCGAAUCCCCUGCAGGUGACUGCCAUCAUCAAGUACUGGCUCGGGGGUCCGGACCCCCUGGACUACGUCAGCAUGUACCGCAGCGCGGGGGACCGCGCCAGGGGGGUCCCCGAGCACUGGCACUACGUCACCAUGGGGCUGUCCGACCUGUACGGGGACGGGCGUGCACACGAGAGGGGGGCCCCCGAGGAGCUGAGUGGCUUCGGCUUCGAGCUGACGUUCCGCGUCAGGAGGGAGGUGGGGGAGAGCGCCCCGCCCACGUGGCCCGCAGAGCUUCUGCAGGGCCUGGCGAGAUACGUCUUCCAGUCUGAGAACACGCUGUGCGCGGGGGACCACGUGUCGUGGCACGUGCCGCUGGACGGCUCCGAGUCGCGCCUGCAGCACAUGCUGGUGGCGCCUGAGCCGCAGCUGCAGCCCCUGCGCAGCCCCCUCGGGACCCUCUCCUUCCUGCAGGUGGUGGGGGUCUGCGCCGAGGAGAUGCGGGCGGCACAGCAGUGGAACGGCCUGGGGGUCCUGGAGCUGCUGUCGUCUGUGCCGGGAGCGGGGGGCCCCUGGCUGGUGACGGACAUGCGGCGCGGGGAGUCGGUGUUCGAGUUGGAGCCGCGCUCGGCGGAGCGCGUGGAGCGCGGCGUGGAGGCGGAGGGCUCCAACCUGAGCGGGGUGAGCGCUCGCUGCGCAUGGGAGGAGGAGGGGGGUGGCGCGGGCGUGGCCGGGGGGGGGCACAACCUUCACCUCCACCACCACCCCGACUACAACCACCAGGGCCACCACCACCCCGACUACAACCACCAUGGCCACCACCGCCACCACGACGAGGACGAGGACGACGACUCCAUCAUCCUCCCGGGCGGCGGAGGAGACACGUGCGGCGUUGGGGGCGCGGGGGGCUGCGCGGAGGAGCGGUUCGCGUGCCCCGGGCCCCCCGGACCCCCCGGGCCCCACGGGCCCCACGGACCCCCCGCAUCCCCGGGCCUGGUGCCCCACGAGCUGGUGCGUGCCCGCAGGGUGGGCGCUGUCUGCCUCCAGCUCAACAUGGAGGCCGCACUGCUGGUGCCGCUUGCCCUGAGGGGCCGCAUCCUGCACGGGAGGCACUUCACGUUCAAGUCGGUGUCGGGCCUCGUGGCGCUGACGCUCGUGUCCAGCGCGGUGCACGGGGCCCUCGUGCGCCCCUCCUGCCCCCACGCCGCACACGGCCCCUGGUUGCAGAUCCUCAUCCCGGAUGAGUUUGCGCGGAGGAUGCUGGGAGACAUGAGCGACCUCAUGAGCGAGCCCCACAAGCUGAAGCUGCCGCGUGAGUUCUCGUGGCCUGAUCGGAGGCUCCGCCUCCUCGUGCUGCCGGACGCCGACAUCGACAGCAUCAGCACCCCCCACUAGCCACGGCCCCCCACUCCAGAGCCCCCCCCACUAGCCACGACCCCUCACUGCAGGGCCCCCCACUGCAGGGCCCCCCACUCUCCACGACCUCCUACACUCCAGAGCCCUCCACUCUCAAGCCCCCCACUCUCUAAGAGUCUCCACACCUCAGGGUCCCCAAAUAUCCAAGCACCCCCCACCCCAAACACUCUCCAAGGCCCCCCACUCUCUAGGGUCCUCCACAAUCUUCAGUGCCCCCCACAUCCAUGCCCCCCUCCCCCCGGCUCACACCAGCCCCCCCUCCCCAACCAUCCAAGACCCCCCCCCCAUACUCCCCGGGGCCCCCUUCCUUGUGAGUAACAUGCGGUGCUGUACAUAGACUGUAAUUAAUAUAGACUGUAAUUAUAGACUGUACCUAUAGACUGUAUGUGAGUCUCGUUUCUCCUCUUCCUGUGUCUCUUGUCGCCAGUACCCAACCAGUAGUGGACCCUCCACGUUACUGUGACAGGACCAAGUAUGUUUGUUUUAUUUUUUAUUAAUUAACUCGUUAAGUCCCUGCACUGAGUGAUAUGGCCUUCAGGGGCGGUACUCGUUUUAGCGACCCCAAAGAGAUAAUGAUGAUGGUGGUGGUGAUGGCAGUGGUUUUGAUGAUGAUGGUAUUGAUGAUAAUGAUUGCAGUGAUGAUGAUGGUAGGGAUGAUGGUAGUGAUGAUGAUGAUGGUAGUGAUGGUGGCUCUAUUCAGGGCCGUCACUCUUGACCAAAGCGCACCGUCUGCCGUAGCUAUGAGGCGGACGUUAAAGACUCUGUGAUGACGACGUUAAAGACUCUGUGAUGACGUCGAUAAAGACUCUGUGAUGACGUCGAUAAA